GACGUUGAGAAUCGCGAAGCCUACGAGUACUGGGGCUACCUGUUCAAGUCCGACAAGACCGGCACCGACAAGCUCAAAGCACUUCUCCGCGGUUUGAAGCAAGUCAUGAACGACAAGUACGAGACGUCCGAUCAGCCUGAUCUCACGCCUAACCAGCUGGCACACUUCUACCGUGAUCUACACGGGAAUUACGACCAGCUGUUCCUCGGUACGCCGCAUGAGAGUAUCGCGUUCAUCUACAAGAGCUUGGGCUGUUUGCAUAGCUUACAGCCUGCUCAUCAUACCCACGCAACUGCGUUCACGGACCCCACCGUGCCGGCGCUGAAGACGGAGGGAUGGAUUAUGUGGCAGACUAUUCAAGUCCUGUUGGGUCCGGAGGAGCAUUCCACGUUUCUGCGAGAGGCGGUUGAGCAGUGGGAUGUUAAGGAUGUGCAGACUGGAGAGUCAUUUCCGAAGAUCUUGCCAAGAGAGUGCUUCCCUCGCGAGCCGGAUCGUCAUAUGGUCGCGUGGUACGAAGGCGUAUCGGAGCGACUGCGUCGUGAAGCCGAGGAAGAGGAGAAGCACAAACAAGUCGAAGUCCACUAUGAGCCGGACCAAAGACGUCUCCACGGUCGCCUACGUCCUUCCAGCAGAAAAGAUGCUGACGGCGGCGGCACCGAUGACGAAGGCUCUGUCGACUCCCGGGGUCCUGCGCUGGCAUACUUUCGCAACCCUCUCUACCGCCACGUCGACGGAAGGCCGAGCAUCGUUCGCCAACAAUCCAAACGACCGGCUCUCAGCCCA